AUGUCCAUCGGUGACGCCUGGAGCCAAUUCAUGGGCAGCAUGAGCAAAGAGCAAUCCUUCGCGCUACUCGACGCCUUCGUCGCCGCCGGCGGCAACUUCAUCGACACAGCAAACAACUACCAAAACGAGCAAUCCGAGAUCUGGCUCGGCGAAUGGAUGACCUCCCGCCAAAACCGCGACCAAAUCGUCCUAGCAACCAAAUUCACAACAGACUACCGCAGCCACGCACUCGGAAAGGGUAAUGCACCCAACGCUUGCGGGAACCACAAACGAAGCAUGAUCCUCAGCGUCCGGGACUCUCUCCGCAAACUCCAAACAGACUUCAUCGACGUCCUCUACCUCCACUGGUGGGACCAUACCACCUCCAUCGAGGAAAUCAUGGACUCCCUCCACAUCCUCGUCGAGCAGGGCAAGGUCAUGUACCUCGGUAUCUCUGAUUCGCCAGCGUGGGUCGUGUCCGCGGCCAACACUUAUGCGCGCGCACAUGGUAAAACGCCUUUCUCGAUUUACCAGGGACGGUGGAAUGUGAUGCGUCGCGACUUUGAGCGUGAGAUUUUGCCUAUGGCGCGGCAUUUUGGAAUGGCGCUUGCGCCGUGGGAUGUGCUUGGUAGUGGACAUUUCCAGACUGCGAAGCAGCUUGAGGAGCGGAAGAAGAGUGGUGAGGGACUUCGUAGUGUGAUGGGUAGUGAGCAGACGGAAGAGGAGAGACUGAUUUCCGAGGCGUUGGCGACUGUUGCUGCUGAGCAUGGGAUUGAGUCUGUUACUGCUAUUGCGUUGGCUUAUGUGUUGUGCAAGGCGCCGAAUGUGUUUCCGCUUGUUGGAGGGCGCAAGAUUGAGCAUCUGCAUGAUAAUAUUCAGGCUUUGUCGAUUCGGCUUACGGAUAAGCAGAUUGGGUUCUUGGAGGCGGCAAGUGCUUUUGAUAUUGGGUUCCCUGGUAACUUCAUUGGGAAUGAUCCGAGGACCAAUGGUGGCAAUAUGAGCCUCCUGAUGGGGUCGGCUAGUCAUAUUGAUUUUGUACAGGCACCUCGGGCGAUUGGGUAUGAGCCUGGUAAAUAG